AUGCUAUCCGAACGAGACUUCCAAAUUUCGCCCAUCGUGCAGGAGAGCGUGAUGCACAACUCCAAGGCCCUCCAAAACCUCCAAUCCCUCUCCGCCUCCCUCUUCGGCAUCUCCGCCGGCAUCCUCGGUCUCGAAUCCUACUCUGGCUUCCUCUUCUACCUCUUUUUUUCGUUGCUCACUUCCUUUCUCAUCUACCUCGUCCGCGUCGCCCCUUUGUCGUCACCAAAAGAGUACAAAGAUAAUAAAGGCACAGGCAACGGACUGGGGAGCGGGGGCUUAGUUUUGUCAGGCUGGGCGGAGGAGGGAAAGGGGGGUGGAAGGGAAGGGGAGAAGAGGAGGGUAGAGGGUUGGAGGUGGGAUGUGGGAGAUGGGAGAUGGGAUGUGGUCAUGUGUGGAAAGACGUAAGAGGGAGGAAAAAGAGGAGGAAUGAAAGACAGUGUUUGGCUGAGGACGACAUGGGAAACUGCUACGUGUGUUUUGACGACGUGGAAUGCGGAAGCACGAUAGGCAGAGGAAUAACGAACAUGAUGUUUUGGAUGGC